CCGAGUAACUGAUCGAAACCCCUGAAGCCGCCAGAUCUUAGUCCGAAUGACUAUUUGAGUAGCGUUCGAUUAAGGCAGAAAGGCAGAUAUCUCAAUAGAGAAUCCGUUUCAGAAGGGAAAGACGGCUCAGCUCUCGUCAAGCCCUCAACGUGGGAUCUGAAGAAAUGUCAAAAUCAAUCCAGAGGCGAAGGCUCGAACCAGGAGUCUACGGACCGUUGCCUACCUUCUUUGAUGACAAUCAAGAACUUGAUCUACAAAGCUACAAGAAACACCUGCUGAAUCUCGCCACAAAGGGCAUUGUACCAGUAUGCUCAGGCUCCCUCGGAGAAGCCGUUCACUUGAGCUACGAGGAGAGAAUUACCAUCAUCAAGUUCAUCAGAACUACUUUAGAUGAAGCUGGCCUGUCAUCAGCCCCUAUCGUCGCCGGCGUGGGAGGCUCAAGUACAAAAGAGACGAUAAAACUCGCUCAUGAUGCUGCGGAUGCUGGAGCAGAUGCAGGAAUGGUGAUUCUACCGGCGUACUACGCUGCUAGUCUAAACGCAGACCCAGAGCAGGUCGUUCAGUACUAUGUUGAUAUUUGCAAGGGAUCACCGAUACCCUUGCUGUUAUACAACUUCCCCGCAAAUGCUGCCGGUCAAGACAUGUCGUCAGCUGUCAUCGAAGCAGUAAUGAGGAGAGCCCCGAAUCUUUGUGGUGUAAAACUCACUUGUGGUGGUAGCAUCGGCAAACUCGUUCGAUUAAACGCAGCCAUCAACACAGACCCCACAAUCAACACUUCCCGAUCCUUUCCAUUCAUACUUCUGGACGGCCUGAUCGCAGACCUCAUUCCAUGGGUUCAAAGCGGAGGCCACGGGACGGUGAGCGGUAUACCAAACUUUGCUCCCCUGGCUGGUAUGAAGCUGUGGAAGCUGUGUAGUAAGCCGGAUCCGAGUGAAGCUGAUUUGAAAGAGGCGGCGAGAAUCCAAGCCAUUUUGUCCAAUGCGGAUGUAGCAGCGGUGCCGGGUGGGAUACGAGCCAUGAAGUAUGCUUUGCACAAGAUGAACGGGUAUGGGAUAGCUCCUAGGCGACCACUGUUGCCGUUGAAGCAGGCGGAAGGAGAGGCAUUUAUGGAAGUUUUGCGUGAACUUCUUGAACUUGAGGUAGAACUGGCCACAGCAGAGACAUGAUUCCGUCGAUCAGCUUCCUGAUUUUGCCUGAUUUUAUUGUGUUGGCUGUUUGUGCGUUGACGCACUGAUAAAACAGAGAUAGUUAUCUCUGAUGAGAGUAAAAGCCAAAAAUCGAACGAUAGUAGUGUUUUGAACUUCAACGACUCAAGCAGCCAGGCUAAAUGCGGAAACGCAACUUUGCGGGAUAGCGUUGAUAAA